AUAAGAGAGGAAGUUGGCCAAUAUGGGAAAAACCCACAAGGACACGAAGCAAAGAGGCUAAUUACUGCUAGUUUGGCGGCUGAUUUAUCUGUCAGAGUGCUGUAAAAGUUGCGUUUCUGUUUUAAAACGAAAGAAAAGCGUGUAGGACGGCUUGACUGUGUAAUAAGCUAACGGGUGAGUAUGAGCUCCAGUGUCACUUCAGAGACUUUGGUGCGGAAGCUGAGCCACUCGACUCUCCGCAAACUCUCUGACUUUCUGGACCCGCAAGACGCGUGGAAAAGUGUCCUGGUAGAUAUACAGAAAGACAACGGGGAGCCGAGGUACACCCAGCUACACCUCAGGAGAUUUGAAAGGUUGGUGGCCCAAGGUAAAAGUCCUACAGUGGAGUUGUUGUAUGAUUGGGGUACCACAAACUGCACAGUUGGGGAACUGGUGGAAAUUCUCAUCAGACACAAGCUGAUUGCACCUGCCAGAGUGCUACUGCCAGAUGUAACUGCAGCACCUGUUGCCACACAUUGGAGGGCAGUCGAGGAUCCACCCACUGAAUAUCACCAGCAGCAGACUCAGAUUUGUCCAGUAAAACUCGAUAAAGUAAAUCUAACAGAAGAAACGGCUCACACGAUACCUGACAGCACCACCGGACCAGAGACGAGUCAAGAGCCUGAUGAAGAAGGUUUCUACGCCUUCACUUAUCACGAGCUGACAAAAAUCACAGGGAACUGGGAUGAACGGCCAGCUUCACUGGGAGGCAGCAGACUGGGCGAGGGCGGCUUUGGAAUCGUUUUCAAGGGUCUGCACAACGUCAAGCAUGUGGCAGUAAAGAAACUGAAUUUAGUAGAUGGCCUGUCUCCUGAGGAGCUCAAGUCUCAGUUCAGUCAAGAGAUUCAAACACUGAGGAGGUUAAAACAUGUGAAUCUGGUGAAUAUGGUUGGUUAUUGCAGUGAUGGCCAGUAUCCAUGUUUAGUGUAUGCUUACAUGUCUAAUGAUUCAUUAUUGGAUCGAUUAGCAUGUCUGGAGGGAAGCAGUCCUUUAUCCUGGCAGGUGAGGAGUGCUAUAGCACUCGGAACAGCCAGAGGCCUCGAGUACCUUCACCAAAACAACCACAUACAUCGGGAUGUGAAAAGUGGGAAUAUCUUGUUGGAUGAAUCUUUCAUUCCCAAGAUUUCAGAUUUUGGUUUAACACGUGCAUCGGCUAAGCUCUCAAGCACGACAGUGAUUACUGAGAAAAUCGUAGGGACGACGGCUUACAUGGCACCAGAGGCCCUGAGAGGAGAGAUCACCCCAAAAUCAGACGUCUUCAGCUUUGGGGUGGUGCUGCUGGAAAUUCUGUCUGGACUUCCUCCUGUUGAUGAAAACCGCGACCCAAAACUUCUGAUGGAGAUGAAGGACGAGAUCGAGGAUGAGGAGAUCACACUGGAGGAGUUUGUAGAUAAGAAAAUGUUGGACUGGGAUAUAGAGUCUGUGGAAACGGUGUACAACGUGGCCAGCCAGUGCCUGAGUGAAAGGAAGAACCGGAGGCCACUGAUGAAGGAGGUGCUCGCUGAGCUGGAGGGACCUUAAACCUCAAUCAUCUCACACCCAACAUGCAGAGUGACAAGAGCCUGAACUCUACUUUUCUGUAAAGUCUAAAAUGUUAUGUAAAUAUUUUGUACAUAAGAGCUGGUUGUCUUUAUUUCCCUAUUACAGAAAAUCAAAUGUAAGCAUAUGGGUUUUUAUAUUAUUCAAUUAAAGAAGUCGUUUGUGUUUUAAA